CUAACAUAAGAUCCACAAAAUUAAACAAACAACUUCAACAUGGAAAAUUCCAAAGUAAAUGAUUCAACAGAAAAAUUGCUUUCAAUGAGCCUGAAAGAGUUAUUGACAUUGGAUGAGAAUUUGAAGCAACUUCCUUCAACUGCAGAUAGAUUAUUUUUGCUACGCAAGAAACAAAGCAACAUGAAAAGAAUUAGAAAAUCACAAAUAAAGUCUGCAAGUGAUUCUCUAUUAGUUUCACCCAGAAGUGUACGAGAAAAUUAUGAAAAUAUAUCUCCGGCUCAGAUGUACAACAAGAUGGAAAUGAUAAUUCAGAAAAACAGCUCAAAGAAGCAAUCUCCUCGUCGCGUAGUUCCUUAUCCUGCUUUGAAAUCUCGCAGAAUGGUUUCUCCAUCGAAGUCUUUGUGGAUGCAUGUUGUAAGACGACAACAUGGCAAAUUAUGCAACAACAGAGUCCAAAGUAUAUUUCUAAGCAAAUUUUAUCAUUUUGAAACUCUUCAAAUUGUUACGUAUAUUUAACAUUGACUUGAGAAAAAUAUUUUCUUUACAUUUACCAAUUUUUUUGUGCAUAUUUAUAUACUUAAAAAACAAUAUCACAAAUUAUAUCUUCGAAUUAAGGGUGGCGACAGAUUUAUCAAAUAUGGAAAAUCACAUCAAUCUGAGUGAAACAGGAUGAAAUCAGUGCAUAAUCAUGAUGUUAAUUCUUUUUUUUUAAAUAUAUUUCUAAUUAAUUUUAUCAUUAUGAAAGUGUUCCAAUUGUUACGUAUAUUUACCGUUG